CAGCAGGGCGGUGCGGGACAGAGGUGCUCACCAGAUAUGAACCUGUAAAAGCAAACCUGCCCGAGUUAAAGCUUUUUACUGUCCGCACAUCCACCAUGCUGACAGGUGUGUUCAUGGAGUCUCACCUGGGCAAGUUUGUCCCAAGUGUCCUAUACCUGCUCCUGCUCAUACACCUGUGCUUGGCUGCCCCAGGUCUACCAGGGACAGAAAGAGAGGAGACAGUAGAUAUCCAGCCGCCAUCCAUAGCACUACCCAAUCCCUUUGGCACUGGAGAGGAGGACCGCAGGUUGCUGCAGAGUUACAUUCAAUCCAGUCUGAAGGACAGCCAGGGAGGACCAGAAAUCAGCACCUGGGAGCAAGAGGUAUUCUUCCUGUUUCGUCUGUACGACUACGAUCGCAGUGGGUUGUUGGAUGGCUUGGAGAUGAUGAAGCUACUUUCAGACUAUAGCUCCCAUCAUACACCUGGAGCACAGGCCAAUGAGUUGGUGGUGUCCAUGGUAGAUUUCUUACUCCAGACUCAGGAUCUAAACCAGGACGGCCUAUUGGCCCCAUCAGAGCUGCUCUCUCCUUCACUACCUCACAAACAGGACUCCAGCAACAGCAAUGCACCUCACCAGGAGCAGGAGGUGGCAGUGGAGGAGAAGCUGUCAAACCCCAGUACUGACGAGGAGAAGGCAAGAGCAGCGGAGCAGAGAGAGGAGGUUCAUGAAAAGAUUCAGCCUCAAGAGGAAGAGCAACGUCAACAUGAAGUAAAGACAGAAGAAAAGGAACUUGUAAAGCAAGUAGAUGAACAUAAUGGACAACAUCUCCCAGAAGCCCAAGCUGCAGAUCAGAGGCAUCACCAGGGAGUCCCUGUACAUCAGGGGCAACCAGAGAUAUGAAUGCACAAACACACAUACACACACCAGAGAUUAUUCUGGUCUGUUGGCUCUGGUCUGUUGAAGACUGAUUACAGAGUUAAAAGUACCACUCUUCACUCUUCAUUUUCAUCCCCAUGAACGGAGGUGAAUUCUGAGAUUUUACAGUCCAUUUCACUGGACUGUAAAACAUGUAAAUGGUUGAUGAAAAGAUGUAUGUUUUAAAACUAUUCAUGUCACUGUAUUGGAAUACUCUUUCUACAGCCAGUACCUAUUGGUUUCUUUAGGAAUACAAAGACAUCUCAAGCUGUAUAUGGGACAAAAGUUCGGAAUUCAAAAUGCAAUAUUAUCCAUAUUAGUAAAAUGGGAGCCAUCAUUGAUAGCGAGUAGUACUUUUGAAUACUUUUUCUUCUCCCAGCAGUUGAAGCAGUUGAUCAUUUGAUUUUAAAUAAUUUGACAAUUAUAAGAUGUGCUUACUUUUUCCUGCUUUAAUUGUAUUUAAUUACCCCUUUCUCUCAUACCUGAAAUUUUUUGCAUAUUUUUAAUGUAUUGUUUUUCUAUAUAGAGACUGUUGUUUAAUGUACACACUGAUUGGCCUUAUUGUGUCUGACCCAUUCUAGACUUAGGAUUUGCACUAGAGGUGCAUCUGGACUGUUAUUUAUUUAAAGUGGUCUCAUUUACAGGCAGCUCAUGUGUGCUGUGAAAUUAAAUUUAGUUUUCCUUGACAAUUUGCUUAAACUUAGGUUAUUCAAAGAAAAAACACAUCUUAUUCUACAGUAUUGGCCAAGCCUUAAUUUCUUUUGAUGCACUUGUGUACAAUUCAGUAAGUAAAAUAUUUUGAUGAGGACUUCAGUGUGCCUGAAUGAACUUACAGGACAGUACUGCACUCCUAUUGAGUACUUACAGUAAUGAGUCUUAUCUACUGCCACCAGUCUUAAGGCUAUAGGCCCAUAAAUUCUCAGCUUUACAAUUAAGGACAGGAAGACCCCAUUGAAUUACCAUUAGAUGUGAUGUAACAUUAAAUUCAAACCUGGAACGUGUUUACAGUAUGAAAGGGUUUACUAUUUGUUGUAAUUUUUUGUUUACCCUUUUAACCAUUUAUGAAUUUAUACAGCUGGAGAUAA